AUGGCGUCCCAGUACACCGUCCGCAAGGUCGGCGCUCCCCACACGCUCGACCACCGCGUCUAUAUCGAGAAGGAUGGCGUCCCUGUCUCGCCCUUCCACGACAUCCCGCUGUACGCCAACCAGGAGCAGACCAUUCUCAACAUGAUUGUCGAGAUCCCGCGCUGGACCAACGAUAAGCUCGAGAUAUCUAAGGAUGAGCUCCUGAACCCCAUCAAGCAGGAUACCAAGAAGGGCCAGCUCCGCUUCGUCCCUACCUGCUUCCCCCACAAGGGCUACCUGUGGAACUACGGUGCCUUCCCCCAGACCUGGGAGGACCCCAACUCCAUCCACCCCGAGACCAAGGCCAAGGGCGACAACGACCCGCUCGACGUGUGCGAGAUCGGCGAGCUGGUCGGCUACACGGGCCAGGUCAAGCAGGUCAAGGUGCUCGGCGUGAUGGCGCUGCUGGACGAGGAGGAGACGGACUGGAAGGUGAUCGUUAUCGACGUCAACGACCCGCUCGCUGGCAAGCUCAACGACGUCGAGGACGUCGAGCGUCACCUGCCGGGCCUGCUGCGCGCCACCAACGAGUGGUUCCGCAUCUACAAGAUCCCUGACGGCAAGCCCGAGAACCAGUUCGCCUUCACCGGCGAGUGCAAGAACAAGAAGUACGCCAUGGACGUCGUCCGCGAGUGCGCCGAGGCUUGGGAGAAGCUCAUCACGGGCAAGACCGCUCCCGGCGGCAUCGCCACUACCAUCUUUACCGUCAACAACUUGAGCACCCGUGUCUUUCCACACCAUUUUCCGCCCCUGCCUCAGAACCAGGAACUCCCGCCGGCCCCGAUCGACGCCUCCAUCGACAAGUGGUUCUUCAUUAGCGGUGCCUCCUCUUAG